CCAGCAGGAGACUCUUGUGGAAAGACCUGUUUUGAAGAGAGAGAUAAUCAAUGGCUGGGUGUCAGCUUGUCCAGGCAGCCAAGGGAAAAUGGAACCAUUGUUGCAUGUGGACAUAGGUGGAAAAAUAUAUAUUACAUAAAAACUGAACACAAACUCCCUAAUGGCGUUUGUUAUGAAAUCCCUCCUGAUUUUCGAACACAACUAAGUGAAAGAAUAAGUCCUUGCUAUAAAGAUUAUGUGCGAAAAUUUGGAGAAAACCAUGGGUCAUGUCAGGCUGGGAUCUCUAGUUUUUACUUUAAGGAUUUAAUUAUAAUGGGAGCCCCAGGAUCAUAUUAUUGGACUGGUUCUGUCUUUGUGUACAAUACCACUGCGAAAACCUCUCGAGCUUAUACAGAUUCGAGGAACCAAGUAAAAUUUGGAAGUUACUUAGGAUAUGCUGUUGGAGCUGGCCACUUUCUGACAUCAGCUAGUACAGAAGUAAUUGGAGGAGCUCCCCAACAGGAGCAGACUGGUAAAGCAUACAUUUUUAGCAUUGGGACAAGGGCAUUAAAUAUUCUGUCUGAACUAAAGGGUAAAAAGCUUGGUUCUUAUUUUGGAGCUGCUGUUUGCGCAGUGGAUCUGAAUACUGAUGGCCUCUCAGACUUACUGGUUGGCGCUCCAAUGCAAAGUAAAGUCCGAGAAGAAGGAAGGGUUUAUGUUUACAUCAACUCAGGUUCUGGAGCAGAGAUGCUAGAAUUGGAGACAGAACUAGUUGGGAGUGACUCUUAUGCAGCGAGGUUUGGCGAAUCCAUAGCUAAUCUAGGAGACAUUGAUAAUGAUGGUUUUGAAGAUGUUGCCAUUGGGGCUCCCCAGGAAAAUAAUCUAGAAGGAGCAAUUUAUAUAUAUAAUGGCAGGAAGGAUGGGAUAUCUUCAUCCUUCUCGCAGAGAAUACAAGGACACAGACUCAGCAACACUUUAAGCAUGUUUGGACAAUCCAUAUCAAGUGGCAUUGAUGCAGAUAACAAUGGUUAUCCAGAUGUAGCAGUUGGUGCCUUUCUCAACGAUUCUGCCGUGCUGCUGAGAACAAGACCAGUGGUGGUUGUUGAAGCUUUUUUAAAACACCCUAAUGCUGUAAAUCGAACUAAUUUGGAAUGUGCGGAAAAUGGCCAGCCUGCUGUGUGUGUGAAUUUAAUGCUUUGCUUUACCUAUAAAGGACGAGACGUCCCUGGUUAUGUUGUACUGCUUUAUGACCUGAGCAUAGAUGUAAGCAGAAAAACAAACACUCCUGCAAGAUUUUACUUUUCUUCUAAUGGAACAUCAGAUAUGGUCUCAGGAAGUAUGGAGAUUUACAACAGCAAUGUUACCUGCAAAAGUCAUCCAGCAUUUUUGAAGAAAGAUGUAAGGGAUAUCCUGACUCCUAUACACAUUGAAGCAACUUAUCAUCUUGGGCAUCAUGUUAUACUGAAAAGAAGUGUGGAGGAAUUCCCACCACUUGAACCAGUUCUUCAGCAGAGGAAAGAAAAAGACAUUAUAAAAAACAAGAUGGUUUUUGCAAGAUUUUGUUCCAGAGAAAACUGUUCUGCUGACUUGAAAGUUUCUGGAAAACUUGCAUUUCCAAAACCUCAUGAAAAGAAAACAUAUCUUUCAGUUGGAAGUAUGAAGACUUUACUCUUGAAUAUAUCUCUGAGCAAUGCUGGAGAUGAUGCAUAUGAAACUGCCCUCCACAUACAACUCCCUAAAGGUCUUUAUUUUGUCAGAGUUCUAGAACUGGAAGAAAAACAGAUACAUUGUGAAAUAUCAGAUAAGGAAGCUCAUGCAGUGAGACUUGACUGCAGUGUUGGGUAUUUAUAUGUAGAUCAUCUGUCAAAGAUGGAUUUUAGUUUUCUCUUGGAUGCAAGCUCACUUACCAGGGCAGAAGAUGACCUCACCAUCACAGUUAAUGCUACCUGUAAAAAUGAAGAGGAUAACGACCUGCUGUUGGAUAACUCCAUAGCUUUAGUCGUACCUCUGAAACAUGAGGUUGAGCUAAAUGUCCAUGGAUCUCUAUCACCAGCUUCAUUUGUUUAUGGACCCAGUGAGGAAAAUUCACCAAUUAAUUGCAUGAAGGAGAAGAUCAACUUCACUUUCCAUGUUAUCAGUGCUGGACCCAGCAUGGCUCCUGCUAUAGCUUUGGAGAUAAUGGUUCCUAAUUCUUUUGCACCAAGAGAUGAAAAGCUGUUUAACAUUCUGGAUAUCCAGACAGCUGAUGGAGAAUGUUUUUAUAAUAAUUAUACAAGAGACUGUACUUUACCAGAAAAAAAUGGACACAUGAACAUAUUAAAGGAUCUCGUCAUUUUCUUUUCAAAACCUACCAAGAGGCGAGUGUACUGCAUGAAGGAAGAUCAUUCAUGUUUACGAAUACUGUGUAAAUUUGGAAACAUGGAAAGCGGAAAAGAAACAAUUGUCCGAAUGCAACUAGAAGCUACUCCUUCAGUUUUAGAAAUGGAUGAGGCAUCAUCACUUAAGUUUGAAAUAAGUGCUACAGCAUCACCAGAAAAAAAUCCAAAAGUCAUUGAACUACACAAGGAAAGGCAGAUUGCACAUGUCUUUCUGGAAGGACUACAUAACCAAAAGCCAAAACCUCAUGUUACCAUGCUGAUUAUUGGGAUAGGUUCAGUACUUGGCAUUUUAUUGUUUUUGCUUAUAGUGCUGUUAUUAUGGAAGAGUGGCUUCUUUAAAAGACGUUAUCAACCUAUCCCUCAAGAGCCCCAAAGAGGAAGUUGGAACUUCGUAAACAGCAAUAAGGAGGACUACGAUGACAAUUAAAGGCUUCUUUCAAAUGAUGAAUUUCAGGCUCAGUGUGACUUACAUGAUGAACAGUGAUGAGAGAACUGAUGAUGAGUCUGUUUAUUCUUUGUGUUAGAAUAUACAUUUGAUUUUGCUGAUCUGUGGAGGAUUACACCUAAAUGUAGCAUCAUCUUACUAAAAUACAAAUGACAAUCGGAACUUCAAAUAAAGAAAUGAAUAGUAAUAUCUGAAAUACCAGAAGUAUCCAUCUCUUCAAAUGCAUACAAGAACACUAAGCAGAUAAAAUGAAGAAUUACUUACCCGAAGAAGAGUUCUUGGAAGAUAGUACAGUAUUAUCAACCAUUUUUGGGUAAUGAGAUCUCAAUGGUUGGCCAUGGGGUGACUCAUAACUCAAUUAGCUUUCAACUUUCAUUUCAUUUUUAACUAGAGACUUAGAGGAGAUCCUCAUCCCACUAUGGCACCUUUACACUGGGUAAAAGGCCUGAAGUGGCCAAGGGAGGAAGCCUCCAGUGCAUGCAUUGUAGAAGACAGCCACAAGGCCUUCUGAACACUCCUGCAGGCUCUGGACUAGAGCACAUAACUACAGCACUAUAGAGGUCUUGGGUAGUCUUGUAGUCCAUAGGACAGCCUGGGAGGCUGCUGUAAUUUAGACAGACCUCCAGGGCUGUCUAAAUUAUGCCAGGGGCUUCUCCAGUUUCAGGGGAGUCCAGGACUGGGAGGAUGCAAAGGUGGCUUUAAAACCACAUUAGCUUUCCCGUUCUUGGGCUGGGAGUUCUGUGCUGAGCCUCUAAAAGGGGCAGCAUAAAAUCUUACCAUUAAUUGAUGUGCAUGGAAAGAUUUUUUGUGCUGAUCAGCAUUGAAAACUCAAUGUCCUGUCAAGGAUGCAUCACAUUGAGGGUUACCUUGAAGAGUCAAACAUUUGAGGCUAUCAGUAUCAACCAUCCUUAACAUAGUAUUAGCUGAUAAGGCCAGGAGCAUACAGUUAAUUCUGUUUCUCCCUCUUUCUCCUCAAACACCAAGAGCAUGAGGUUUUGGAGCAAAAUACAUUCAUGUGUUAUCCUGAACAAUUAUUAUUUGCAAGUGUUUCAAUAAUGCUCAGCAUUAUAGUAUUUAAGGACACUUCCAGUAGCAGACAGAAGAGGCUCUGAUGAAAAUUUAAGAAAACCUUAACUCCAUAGGGCUAAUUCCAUCCUUAGAUGUGCAACCCCAGCCCAAAAGUUGCUAUCCUCUGAAACCUGUAUAAUGAAAUAGUUUGGAUAUCUAAAUUCAGUUCUUAGUGGAUAUGUUUUCAGCUUAAUGCCACCAUUGCAAUUGGCACUCAAGAGUGGCAGUAAAAAGGAAAAAACUGAAUUUAUAUGCGGACUGAAUUGCUCCUACAGGAGAUCCCUUCAGAUUCUUAGAAAGAUACUAGCAAUGCCACCUACUUUAAGUACACUGAUACCUGUUUUAGGGGGGAAAGGAUUUCAUUCUCUGGGCUAUGCACCAUCUCAUCCAAGUGCUAAAUUCAUCUUAAACUUACUCUCCCCUAGUAAUGCCAACACAUACUAUUUCCUAGGCCUCGUCUUUGUCCUUUCUCUGCUGUCUUUCUGGACUGCUAGUAGAAAACUUAGUUCCAGCAUCUUUUUUUUAUGUAAUAAAUGUGGACAUCACACAAACUGAUUAUGCAACAUCAUUUGGUAAUAAAGCUCCAGAGUUAAUAGC